CCGUUGGUGCGAGUUCCCACAGUUAUGGCGGAGGGAGCAGCUGUUCGGAUCGGCGUGUUGUUGCUCGAGUCUGAGUAUGAGCUGCGCGCGGUGAUCGGUGGAUUUUGAUCGAUUGGUGAUCGGUAACCGGACGGAGAGAAGUUAGACAGCGGCUCGGCGGCGAUGGCAGAGCGCGGCGGGGUGGAUUUGGCGCCUCUGCCGAAGGAGGUGAAGGAGCAGCUGGCGGAGCUGGAGCUGGAGCUGUCGGAGGGUGAUAUUACACAAAAGGGCUAUGAGAAGAAAAGGUCCAAGCUGCUGGCCCCAUACAUACCACAGACCCAAAAUGUGGACCCAGGCCUACAAAGUAUCCAGUUAACUCCAGGUCCCGGAGCUGACUCUUCACCCAGUCCAGAUGCUGGACCUUCAGCCUCCACUCGCCAGCACCGCUCACACCGCAGCGGAGGAGCCCGUGAUGACCGCUACAGAUCAGAUAUCCACACUGAGGCAGUGCAGGCAGCUCUGGCCAAACAUAAAGAGGAGAAAAUGGCACUGCCCAUGCCCACUAAGCGUCGCUCCGCAUUUGUACAGUCCCCUAUGGAUAACUGCACUCCUCCUGACACGUCAUCAGCCUCAGAGGACGAGGGCUCCUUGCGCAGGCGUCAGGCAGCAGUCAGCGCAGCGCUGGUCCAGAGUCUGCAGAAUUCAGAGUUCUGGAUCAACCGCUCCAUCCAGGGCUCCUCAACCUCCUCAUCAGCCUCAUCCACUCUGUCACAUGGAGAGAACAGCAAGAGCCACAACCACGUCCAGUCCCAGAAUCAGAGCAACGCGCUGGCAGACGUCCUAGCACACACUCGCAUAGAGAGCAGUAAUGUGCCUCCUGAUGUGACGUCCACGGUGCCUCAGGAGAGGAACUCUCAAGUGGAGACCGGCCCCAGUCCGGUCGUUCGGGGCAUGAGCCGUGGCCAGAGCCGCUCCAGCAUGAUGGAGACUGCAGACGGAGUUCCAGUGCAUAGCAGAGUCUCCACCAAGAUCCAGCAGCUUCUUAACACACUAAAGAGACCCAAACGGCCUCCGCUGACUGAGUUCUUCCUGGAUGAUGCUGAGCAGAUUGUGGAAGUGCCCCAGCCUGAUCCCAACACGCCAAGGCCAGAGGGCCGACAGAUCAUUCCGGUAAAGGGGGAACCUCUGGGUGUGGUCAGUAACUGGCCCCCAGCCCUGCAGGCAGCUCUGGCUCGCUGGGGGGCAACACAGGCCAAGAGCCCAGCUCUUACAGCCUUAGACAUCACCGGCAAGCCCCUGUACACCCUGACCUACGGUAAACUGUGGACCCGCAGUCUCAAGUUGGCCUAUACUCUCCUAAACAAGCUGGGCACCAAAACUGACCCAGUGCUCAAACCUGGAGACCGGGUGGCGCUAGUCUAUCCUAACAGUGACCCUGGGAUGUUCUGGGUGGCGUUCUACGGCUGUCUGCUGGCUGAAGUUAUUCCUGUUCCAAUAGAGGUGCCUCUCUCUCAGAAGGAUGCGGGUAGUCAGCAGAUCGGCUUUUUAUUGGGGAGCUGUGGGGUCAGUCUGGCUCUCACCAGUGAAGUGUGUCUUAAAGGACUACCAAAGACGCCCAGUGGAGAAAUCCAGCAGUUCAAAGGAUGGCCUCGGCUGAGAUGGGUGGUCACAGACACUAAGUAUCUUACGAAGCCUUCUAAGGACUGGCAGCCGCACAUACCCACUGCUAACACCGACACGGCAUAUAUCGAGUACAAGGCCAGUAAAGAAGGCACAGUGAUGGGGGUGGCCGUGUCUAAAAUCUCCAUGCUGACACACUGCCAGGCUCUCACUCAGGCGUGUAAUUACUGUGAAGGAGAGACACUGGUCAACGUUCUGGACUUUAAGAAAGAUAUGGGCUUGUGGCAUGGGGUGCUCACGAGCGUGAUGAACAGAAUCCACACCAUCAGUGUUCCCUAUUCCGUCAUGAAAGCCUGCCCUCUCUCCUGGGUGCAGCGAGUCCACAACAGCAAAGCACGUGUGGCCUUGGUGAAGUGUCGGGACCUGCACUGGGCUAUGAUGGCCCAUCGAGACCAGAAGGACAUCGGCCUGUCGUCCCUGCGCAUGCUCAUCGUAGCUGAUGGAGCCAAUCCAUGGUCAGUGUCCUCAUGCGAUGCCUUCCUAAAUGUGUUCCAGUCACACGGGCUGAAGCCUGAGGUCAUCUGCCCGUGUGCCACCUCCACCGAGGCCAUGACCGUAGCCAUACGCAGGCCGGGUGCUCGAGGUGCUCCUCUCCCUGCCAGGGCGAUCCUGUCUAUGGGAGGACUGAGUCAUGGAGUGAUCCGGGUGAAUACUGAGGAUAAGAACUCUGCUCUCACUGUGCAGGACGUCGGCCACGUCAUGCCUGGAGCUCUGAUGUGUAUAGUAAAGCCAGAUGGGCCUCCUAUGCUGUGUAAAACGGAUGAGAUUGGGGAGAUUGUGCUGAACUCUCGGGCUGGAGGAACCAUGUACUACGGCUUACCGGGAGUCACCAAAAACACGUUCGAGGUGAUUCCUGUGAACUCUGGAGGAACUCCUAUAGGAGAGAUCCCGUUCACCCGGACCGGCCUGCUGGGAUUUGUGGGCCCGGGCAGUCUGGUGUUCGUGGUGGGAAAGACGGAGGGUCUGCUGUCGGUUAGCGGGCGCAGGCAUAACGCAGAUGACCUGGUUGCUACAGCUUUGGCUGUGGAGCCAAUCAAGACCGUCUACAGAGGGAGGAUUGCAGUGUUCUCGGUCACUGUGUUCUAUGACGAGCGAAUCGUGAUGGUGGCGGAGCAGAGGCCUGAUGCCAGUGAGGAGGACAGCUUCCAGUGGAUGAGCCGAGUCCUUCAGGCCAUAGAUGGAAUCCAUCAGGUGGGCCUGUACUGUUUAGCAUUAGUUCCAGCCAAUACAUUACCCAAGACCCCGCUGGGAGGCAUCCAUAUCUGUGAGACUAAACAGCGCUUCCUGGAGGGCUCCCUGCACCCCUGCAAUAUCCUCCUGUGCCCUCACACCUGUGUGACCAAUCUUCCCAAACCCCGGCAGAAACAACCAGUGGGAGUAGGUCCAGCUUCCAUCAUGGUGGGAAAUCUGAUUGCAGGGAAGAGGAUUGCCCAGGCUGCAGGCAGGGAGCUGGGCACUAUUGAGGAUCAGGACUUGUCCAGAAAGCUCGCUAUGUGGCCCAUGACUAUGCAUCAGUUUCUGUCGGAGGCGCUGCAGUGGAGAGCACAGAGUGACCCGGAUCAUGUUCUCUACAUGCUACUGAACGCCAAGGGGGUUGCAGUGAGCACAGCCACAUGCUUGCAGCUGCACAAGAGAGCUGAGAAGAUCACAGCAGCUCUGCUGGAGAGAGGAGGCAUCAACACUGGAGACAAUGUGGUGCUCCUCUAUCCUCCUGGUAUAGAUCUUAUUGCCUCUUUCUAUGGCUGUCUGUAUGCCGGAUGUAUACCUGUCACGGUUCGGCCCCCCCACCCACAGAACCUCACCGCCACACUGCCCACAGUGCGCAUGAUCAUAGACGUGAGUAAAGCAGCCUGCAUCCUUACCACGCAAGCCCUCAUGAAGACUCUGAGAUCCAAAGAAGCAGCAGCGAGUGUGAAUGUGAAGACAUGGCCGACUAUCAUAGACACAGAUGAUCUUCCAAGAAAGCGGCCGCCUCAGAUCUAUAAGCCCCCCACAGCAGAGAUGCUGGCCUACCUGGAUUUCAGUGUGUCCACUACAGGCAUGCUGACGGGAGUUAAGAUCUCCCAUGCAGCAGUGAGUGCUCUGUGUCGCUCUAUAAAGCUGCAGUGUGAGCUCUACUCCUCCAGACAGGUGGCCAUCUGUCUCGACCCAUACUGCGGCAUGGGCUUCGUGCUAUGGUGCCUUUCUAGUGUGUACUCAGGUCACCAGUCCAUCCUGAUUCCUCCAAUGGAGCUGGAGAGCUCUCUGCCCCUGUGGCUGAGCACGCUCAGUCAGUACAAGAUCAGAGACACCUUCUGCUCCUAUUCUGUCAUGGAGCUCUGCACCAAGGGUCUGGGCACACAGACUGAGGCCCUGAAGGCGCGGGGGCUGAACCUGUCGUGUGUGCGGAGCUGUGUGGUGGUGGCGGAGGAGAGACCGCGCCAGUCCCUCACACAGUCCUUCUCCAAACUGUUCAAAGACCUGGGCCUGUCCCCACGAGCCGUCAGCACAGCUUUUGGCUCCAGAGUCAACCUGGCCAUCUGCCUGCAGGGAACUGCUGGUCCAGAUCCUUCCACUGUUUAUGUAGACAUGAAAUCCCUCCGACACGACAGGGUGAGGUUGGUGGAGAGAGGAGCUCCGCAGAGUCUUCCCCUCACAGAAUCUGGAACUAUUCUUCCUGGAGUGCGAGUGAUCAUUGUGAAUCCAGAGACCAAGGGACCACUUGGAGAUUCUCAUUUAGGCGAGAUCUGGGUGACCAGCCCACACAAUGCCAGUGGCUACUACACCAUUUACGGAGAGGAGAGCCUGCAGGCUGACCAUUUCAACACACGGCUGAGCUUCGGCGAGGCCCAAACCCUGUGGGCCAGAACCGGCUACCUCGGCUUCGUCAGGAGGACUGAGCUGCUGGAUGCUAGUGGAGAUCGCCAUGACGCUCUGUUUGUGGUGGGCUCCCUGGAUGAGACGUUGGAGUUGCGGGGCCUGCGGUAUCAUCCCAUCGACAUUGAAACCUCAGUAUCCAGAGCACACCGCAGCAUUGCAGAGAGUGCUGUGUUCACAUGGACCAAUCUGCUGGUGGUUGUGGCCGAGCUGAGCGGUUCAGAGCAGGAGGCUCUGGAUCUGGUUCCUCUGGUCACCAACGUAGUUCUGGAAGAGCAUCACCUGAUCGUGGGCGUGGUGGUGAUCGUGGACCCUGGCGUCAUUCCCAUCAACUCUCGGGGUGAGAAGCAGCGCAUGCACCUGAGAGAUUCCUUCCUGGCUGAUCAGCUGGACCCUAUCUACGUGGCCUACAACAUGUGAGCCGUGCUCUGGAGCUUCUCCGAAGGUUUAGAGCUGAACCUCGCUCACAGAUAAGUGCUGACGGGUCGCGUCUGGAAGUUUCACCAUCUGAAAAAAAGAAAGAAACAACGAGAGCUGCAGGAUAAAGGGGCAUCGCCUGUGCCAUCCGUUAUUUCAGCCCCUUUCUAUGCUUCUCCUCCCAGUGUGGAUAGAUAGGCUUUUGAUAAUGUGAUUGGCCGUUCUUGAGGCUUACAUCAUGGUGUGGACUAUUCGUCUCAACUGACCCUUUUCCUUAUAGGCUGCUUAACUUCAGGAGGCUGGUGCUUUUUCUCCUAGAAACCCUGUCUGCAAUAAUGGGUUCAACCACACUGACUCCUGCCGCCAUGUUUUUUAACGGUGUAACUUCUGAUUUUUGACUUUUGCUGCCUUUGUCGUGCAUAAAAACAAAAAACAAAAGACAAGAACGCAAAAAGCUGUUGACCAAGAGCUCCUUGCAAAUUGCCUCUUCCUUUAAGCAGAAGUUUGACUGGCAGCCCCAAGUUCUACUGGCUCUAAGGACUUUUAAAGUCUUUAAAAGUCUUUUAAAGUUUUCAGAGACUUUAAAGACAGAAGACUGGAGGGACUAAUACACAUGAAACUUUUUCUCGCACUUUAUCCCUCCUCCUUCGCCCCCGCUAGCCCUCGAGCCUUCGCUUUUUGGUGGGAGUGUCCUUCAUUUUUCAUUCUGGAAAUGCAACCACAAUUGUUGAACGUGUCCAGUGCCGUUUUUGUCCAUCUGAGGAGGAGAAAAAGUGCCAGUGAGCUUAAAAAAAAAGAAGAUGCACAAAAAAAAAAAAAAACUUUACAGUGGAAACCAUCACUAUGAUCACCAUAAUCACCAGCUACCAGCUACACAUGCUGCUGCUUCUUCCUUGCAGACUGGGACCAUUCAACAGGGCCAUUCAGUGGGACCAUGCAGUAAAACCAUUUUAUUAUUAAGACAGCAUAUAUCAAUCUAAUAUUAAAAAAAAAAAGGCUCGUCUUCACGAGGGCUUGUUGAAAUCGCCUGAUCCUCCUUGGUGCUCAUCUCAAUCUCGCUAGUGCCGUUUCUCCAGCGCUGGACCAGAAGAUAUCUUCCUCACGUCUUCUAAUACAACACAUGAUCGAGUAUUAAUAAGCCUAGUCACCAGCGUAGCGGGCUGUGCUAGUUUAACAGACCGUCUCCUGAGUUGCUCUCAUGCAAGUUCUUGGUUUGUUCUUAACAUUAAUUUUUUUUUAUUUUAAUCUUUUACUCAGAUUAACAGCUGAGUGAAGUUGUUUUACUGUUCAAACUGGUUUACAUACAAACUUUUCUUCUCAUUUGCUUACAUUACAAUUUUUUUUUUUUUUAACUAAUAUUGCCAAUAGUGAUGCACAGCAUUGGAUGAUAGCCAGUGGAGUGAGGAGUGGGUUUGAAUGCGUUCUCACAGGGAGCACAAACCGAUCUGAAGAUACUGGAUACAUAUCUGGAGAUUUAUAUGCAUCGAAACUAAUGUCCACUUAGGGUCAAAAAAAAGUUUCACGAUAAACUCCAUGCCUUAUUGAAACCUGUGGAAGUUUUACUUUUUUUAUACACACGUUUUAUCAUUUUAUUUUUAUUACUGUACUUAUACUUUGUACUGAUAUCAAAGGGACUUGGUGUAGAAUGGUGAAAAUAAGGAAGUUAGGAAGGCUGUGUCUGUGUGUCCGUAUGUCUGUAUGUGUGUGUAUGUAGGUGUGUGUGCGCGCGAGUGUAUGUACAUGAGUGUGUGUGUGUGUGUGUGUGUGUGUAUAGAUUAUUGUAGUGUCUCACUGGUGUUACUGUAUAAUCAGACUGGACCAGUCAUCAGGUCCUGUAAACUUGACUGAUAUCUAAUACUUGAUGGCAAUUCUUUGCAUCACUGGCUUAAAGAAGAAAAUAAGAAAAUAAAUCAAAAAUAAAAGCUAUAACUAUUUUACACAAAACAAAUUACAAUUAAGAAUUUGCACUAUCUCUCUCUGCUUUUAGUCUCUGGAGAUUUUAGUUAGUGUAUAUGUGCAUAUCUGUGUCUGUGGGGCCAACCUGAACCAUUUAAACCAUUUUAACGAGUCUUCUGGCAUUAUUAACAUCAUCUGCAAAAAAAUAAGUAAAAAAUACAUUUAUACAGGUUUAUUUUUACAGCUGCUAAUUCUCGAUUUUACUCUGUUUUGGGGGUACGACCAACUGGAUUAGUUUAAUGUUCAUUUACAUUUGGUCUCAGUACCCUUUCUGAUAUUCUGACUGUUCUGACGGACCAGACAUAGAUGUGUAGUGUGUUGUUUUUUUUUUGUUUUGUUUUGUUUUUUUUAUUUUGUUUUAUUUGAGAGGGGGCAAAUCUGUUAAUUUCGAUGCCUAACUGAAUGCCAAUACAUAGAUUUAAUUAAACACACUGAAUAGA